AUGUUUGGACUGCUAAAAUCAUCAUGGGAGAGACAGGUUGCCAAUGCCUUGUUUGAUUUCAUAGAGGUUGGAGCCUUUACGAAUUACAAGUGCUCCACGCUGUUCAACUACAGCUGGAUGCUGGUGAUGCUGUCGUUGCACGCUGCACUCUAUGUGCUGGAUAUCUACACCUGUGUUAAGCUGUUGGCUUUCAACGAAUGGAGCUCGAUGGUCCAACCGUACAUCUCAUUCAGCGUGUCGAAGUGGCUAUUUGCAGCCUGUAUCAUUGCGGCCAUUGUGUUUUUGAUAUUCGAUGCUGUUAGAGGGAUACGAAUCUACCGAACGGGAAACAUCGCAUUGAUAUAUACCAACCAUUUUGCAAAGACUGCGAAGUCCCUGGCUGGAUAUUCGUACUUUUGCGUGUUGAAUGCGAUCAACCCGUCCAACGGGUUCGACAAAGUGGCAUUCUAUACCUUCUUCACGUUGGACGAUUCGAAGAAGAUCAUUUUCUCAGACUCUCCACGACAGGUGAUCAAUGCCAUCACGCUGUACUCUGUGCUGAACGUUGGCGAUGGAGGGUUCUGGGACACGUUGAAGCAAAUCUCAACAACGAACAGGUCCGAGGCCCUGAUUCUAUACUCCAUGUCGUUUUCCUUGAUCAUUUGGAUAUUCUUCGUCUCGUGCCUAUUCUUCGCCAUCUGCUUCUGCAUUCCUGUGUACUAUAGAAUACGGCAAAGAGGGUUCAAGAGCCUCAGACAGUACGUCUGUAUCAAGGUUGACGGCACAGUUAAGAAACUGGCUAGGAAAUACUCACAGAAGAAGCUACUGAAGGAGAACAGGAAACGUCUCAAUGCAAAGAACAACCCAAAGAACCCAUUUGCCAAUGAAAGUGCCAACAUUCCAGACGUGGAACUGCCACCUCUGGCCUCCUCAGGCAUGAGAGGCCUGCCCAAGUCUAAGACAUGGAACUCGAUCGAUACACAAUCAUCACGAUCUACUGAAUCGACGACACAGUUGACCAAUCCAUUUGCAGAGCAAUACCCCCAGGUGGUGUAUAAUAAGAACCCUUCACAGGUUUCAGUAUUGAAACGGUAUGACGAUGUCGCACAACAACGCUCUGUGUAUGAUCAGGAACCACAGUUGAGCCAUUACGACUCACAGGUGUCGUUAUACGACUCAGUUCAUAACAAUUUCAGCUCCACUGCGCACCUGCUAAAGUCUGAGUCCCAGGUAUCAUUACCACUACCACUCCGGAAGCCUCCAACGUCCUCCACGCUCAACAGCGUUGAUGAACAUGCGCAAGUUCCACUCGACACAACAUCACGAUACCCACGGAGACAUGUGUUCCUUGACGAGGAGAAACACAUUGGUAUGGCUUACAAGGAGGACGAGGUGAGCGACUUUGAUGAUGAUGAUGAUGAUGAUUCGGACGACUAUCUUCAAGACACAAGCUUGAAGAGAAGCGAAGUUAGACCAAGUCUAAUGAUUCGUGCUAGAGAUAUAGAGAUGGAGGACUACUCAAGGUUCAUAUCUCAACGACAAUACUCCUCUGAUGAACACCAGUCCACGUCCAGGAAAAUCCUACGAUAA